AUGAAAGCAGAAAAUUAUGGUAUUGAGAAAAGAAAAAAAUGAUGAAAACAAGGCAAUUAAGAUCUAUGAAAAGUAUUAGUAUGCCAAAAGUACAGAAGUGCAAAAGUUGUAGCUCAAGACAAGUACAAUAAGAAAAACAAAGAGGAAGGAUUGUGAAUUCUGUUUUUCAGGGAAUUCUGUUUUUCACUGAAUUCUGGUUCAGUAAAUUCUGUUUUUCACACCAAUCAUCUCCACACCUGCCAUCUCACUGCCACCUUUGAUGGCCAGAAUAAUUUUACCUACCCCCUUCUCUGAAGGACUUUAUGCUGUGGGACAGACUGUAGUGUUACAUAUACAUCUUCCAUCCCAAUGAAGUAUAGGAGCCACAAAACUACCAGUCCUCUUCUAAAAGACACAUAUACAGACUGAAUGAAUAGUCUUUCUGAUUUAUUCUUAGCACUUUGCUAGAAGAACAAGAAACAAGAGAAAUGCCCUUGGCUUCUAAAUCUGUUUUCUCUAUUUUUGGAGUGGAGAUGCUACAACCUCCUUUGAGAUGGAAGUUGGAGGUAACCAAGAGCUAUAUCUCAUCACUGGUGCUACAUCAUUAAUAUUUAAUUUGGUACACUGCUCAUCCACUGACUCUUUGAAUCUGCUUCACUGCUGGUCAGAGUUUAAAUGCUGACUCCAGACCUUCACCCAUCUACUGCAAACCAUGGCUGCUGCAUAGGAGAGCAGAUUUCUGGGAGCCAUCUUUAUGUCCUGCUAGUCCAAAGGCACACAGUGACCUUUCUCCACUUGUCCAAAAGGUGACCACAAAUCCCCUGCUUAGGCCUUGUGGAUACUAUCAUCCCUUCAGUGAUCUGGAGGAUUAAGGUCCUACAGCCUGGCUCUGGUUUAAUUUGGAAGGCAGUUUUUGUCUGGUGGGAUCAGAGAAGCAGCAGCCUGGUGGUCUUAGCGCUGCAAGGAUAACUGUAAACCAAGGUUUGAGGAAGAGGGGAUGCCCCAGAGCCCAAAAGCCCCUCCCCUCCUCAAGCCCGGAGUUACGGCCGCAGCGCCGUCAGUCAAGCGGUGAGGGGGAAGUGGCGCGGUGCCGGCCACCGCCCCCGCGCUGCGUGAGGAAAUGGCUCUCACGUGAGCGAAGCGGCAGCGCUCGGCUCACCCUGCCCGCUGCCCUAGGAGGAGGCGCGAGUGGGUCUGGGGCCGUCUGCAGCAUGCCGACGAGCUUCACCGUGGUGCCGGUGGAGGCGCAGGGCGAGGAGCGGCAGCGGGAUGGGCAGCAGCGAGAGGAGGAAGAUGACGGUGACGAGAGAGACCGGGGCACUGGGGAUGGGAUUGCCAGGGAAAGUAGUCCAUUUAUUAACUGUGCAGAAUUGGGCAGAGGAAACAUGUAUGAAGGAAAGAAUAUGGCUCUCUUUGAGGAAGAAAUGGAUAGUAACCCUAUGGUGUCAUCUCUUCUGAAUAAACUAGCAAACUACACUAAUCUAACUCAAGGAGUGGUGGAACAUGAAGCAGAUGAAGACAGCAAACGAAAGGAAGUCAAGGGUCCACGAAUGGGCACUUUUAUUGGCGUAUAUCUUCCCUGUUUGCAAAACAUCUUGGGAGUUAUCCUUUUCCUGCGUUUAACAUGGAUUGUAGGGACAGCUGGAGUUCUUGAGUCUUUCAUCAUUGUGUUCAUGUGUUGUGCUUGUACUAUGCUAACUGCAAUUUCCAUGAGUGCUAUAGCAACAAAUGGUGUAGUUCCAGCUGGAGGCUCUUACUACAUGAUUUCAAGAUCUUUAGGGCCAGAGUUUGGUGGAGCAGUGGGACUUUGUUUCUACUUGGGCACAACCUUUGCAGGAGCAAUGUACAUUCUUGGUACCAUUGAAAUUUUAUUGACCUAUAUUUCUCCAAGUGCUGCUAUAUUUAAAGUGACAGAUGUUGGUGAAGAAACAGAGGCUAUGCUGAAUAACAUGAGAGUCUAUGGAACAUGUAUUGUCAUUCUGAUGGCCAUAGUAGUUUUUGUGGGAGUAAAGUAUGUCAACAAACUUGCACUGGUCUUCCUUGCCUGUGUGAUUCUUUCCAUCAUUGCCAUAUAUGCUGGAGUUAUUAAGACUGCUUUUGACCCACCUGACUUUCCUAUCUGUCUCCUUGGAAACCGUACAUUGUCAAAACGCAGCUUUGAUGUCUGUGCCAAAUUUACUGAAAGCAAUAAUGAAACAAAGACUACACCUUUGUGGCGCCUGUUCUGUGAUAGUUCUUUGCUUAAUGCUACAUGUGAUGACUACUUUAGUCUCAAUAAUGUAACAGAAAUUCAAGGAAUUCCAGGAAUAAUGAGUGGAGUUCUAACUGAUAAUCUCUGGAGUGCCUAUUCAGAAAAAGGAUCAAUAGUUGAGAAAAAAGAUCAGCCAUCAGUUGCUGGAUCAGAAGAAUCAAAAAUGGGUGGACUUCCUUAUGUUUUUACAGACAUCACGACCUACUUCACAAUGCUUGUAGGGAUUUAUUUCCCAUCUGUGACAGGUAUUAUGGCAGGUUCAAAUAGAUCUGGAGAUCUGAAGGAUGCUCAGAAAUCUAUUCCUACGGGAACAAUUUUGGCUAUUUCAACUACAUCUUUUAUUUAUCUCUCCUGUAUAGUGUUGUUUGGCGCCUGUAUAGAAGGUGUAAUAUUAAGAGAUAAAUUUGGAGAAGCAGUUAAUGGAAAUCUGGUGGUUGGUACACUGGCCUGGCCUUCUCCAUGGGUUAUUGUGAUUGGUUCAUUCUUUUCAACAUGUGGUGCUGGUCUCCAGAGUCUCACUGGUGCACCCCGGCUAUUGCAGGCCAUUGCAAGAGAUGGCAUUGUACCGUUUAUUCAAAUAUUUGGUCAUGGAAAAGCAAAUGGAGAACCAACUUGGGCUCUGCUCCUCACUGUUGGUAUUUGUGAAAUAGGAAUUUUGAUAGCCUCAUUGGACAGUGUAGCACCGAUUCUUUCAAUGUUUUUCCUUAUGUGCUAUAUGUUUGUAAAUCUGGCUUGUGCAGUUCAGACGCUUUUGCGAACUCCCAACUGGAGACCUCGUUUCAAGUAUUACCACUGGACUCUUUCAUUCCUGGGGAUGAGUUUAUGUCUUGCCUUGAUGUUCAUUUGCUCUUGGUACUAUGCUUUGAUUGCCAUGCUAAUCGCAGGAUGUAUAUACAAAUACAUAGAAUAUAGAGGAGCGGAAAAAGAAUGGGGCGAUGGAAUCCGAGGACUGUCUCUUAAUGCAGCUCGCUAUGCUUUGCUUCGUGUUGAAGAUGGUCCUCCUCACACCAAGAACUGGAGACCUCAACUUCUGGUCUUGUUAAACUUGGAUAAUGAGCAGUCAGUCAAACACCCUAGAUUGCUUUCUUUUACCUCUCAGUUGAAGGCUGGUAAAGGACUGACUAUUGUGGGUUCAGUGCUUCAGGGAAUCUAUUUAGAUAAAUGUAUGGAAACUCAGAAAGCUGAAGAGAAUGUUAAGGCCUUAAUGGGUGUAGAAAAGACAAAAGGAUUUUGCCAGAUUGUGGUAUCUCCUAACUUGAGAGAUGGAAUAUCCUAUUUGAUUCAGUCAGCUGGUCUAGGAGGGAUGAAGCACAACACAGUCCUGAUGGCAUGGCCACAGUCGUGGAAGCAGACAGAAAAUCGUUUCUCAUGGAAAAAUUUUGUUGAUACUGUACGAGAAACAACUUCAGCUCAACAAGCACUUUUGGUGGCUAAAAACAUUGACUUAUUUCCAACAAAUCAAGAACGCUUUACUGGAGGAAAUAUAGAUGUGUGGUGGAUUGUUCAUGAUGGUGGUAUGCUGAUGUUGCUGCCUUUUCUCCUUCGACAGCACAAGGUUUGGAGAAAAUGUAAAAUGCGUAUCUUCACCGUUGCUCAAAUGGAUGAUAAUAGCAUUCAAAUGAAGAAGGAUCUUCAGAUGUUCUUAUACCACCUUAGACUAAAUGCUCAAGUGGAAGUUGUUGAAAUGUUUGAAAAUGAUAUUUCUGCAUUCACAUAUGAGAAGACACUUAUGAUGGAACAGCGAUCUCAGAUGCUAAAACAGAUGCAGCUAUCAAAGAAUGAAAGAGAAAGGGAGAUUCAGAGCAUCACAGAUGAGUCUCGAGGCUCAAUUAGAAGAAAAAGCUAUUCCAGUCCAUUGUCCAUUGUCCAAGAUGCUCAGGCACUGCUGACUAAUGAUUAUCAAGAGGAAGAGGCUCAGCUGAUCCAUGAUAAAAACACUGCCUCACGCUCUGCUCCAGCAGUUGAAGCAAGUGUGGCUGCUGCUGUGCCAGAGAAAGUGCAAAUGACCUGGACAAAAGAAAAGUUUGUAGCGGAAAAGCAUAAAAACAAAGAUUCCAAUGUGUCUGGCUUUAAAGAUAUUUUCAACAUGAAACCGAAUCAGUCAAAUGUGAGAAGAAUGCACACUGCUGUGAAGCUCAAUGGAGUAGUGCUUAAUAAAUCACAGCAUGCUCAGCUAGUACUCUUGAAUAUGCCUGGACCUCCUAAAAACAGAAAAGGGGAUGAAAACUACAUGGAAUUUCUGGAAGUUCUGACAGAAGGUCUAGAUAGAGUUCUUCUAGUCCGAGGCAGUGGACGUGAAGUGAUCACCAUUUAUUCUUAAUCUGUUUGCAUGUGUUUUUCAAACACAACACAUCCCCACCAUAAGAAAGCAAAGUUUUUUGCCAUAAUUUGAGCAGCUUCAUUGUCUUCUAGUGCAUUGAAAAUUAGCUUCAAGCUGAAUCUUCUGAUCAUGUGUUCUUUUUUUCCUAGUAAGAUGUUCUAUUGAAAUAAUAUUUUAAGCAGAUUUAUGUGGAAAAUUAAUAAAUGGUGAAUUAAUAAAUUGUGGAUGGCUUAGGAUAUUUAUAUGUAGCAUAUUCUGACACUUCUAAAGCUGUGGUAAAACAAAAUUUGGUAAUGCAAUCAUAUUUUUAAAGAUACAGAAAUGUCAGCAACUUUUGAUUAUUUUAAUCUUUGCUGUGCGUCUAAAUAAAAGGCAAGGGUGUUAGAAAAGGUCGUCUUUUUUUCUUACCAAAAUGCUGCUAUGUUGCUUCUUUUGGAAUUAGUCAUGGUUCAGGAACCUUCCUUCAGAGAUGUAUACAGCCAGUGAAAUUUGUUCAUGAAGUGCAUUAAGUGUUUCCCAGAAGUUUGUUAUUUGCCAUACCUGUUAAAAAUAACAUUUCUGUAUUUAAAAUACUUAGGUAGCUGAAACCUCCAGAUGAUAGUAAAUAGUGAGUUAUUUUCUAUGAGGUACUGGCAGUUAUAUUUUGCAUGAUUAUAGCAAUAAUGAAACAUGAGUGCAUCCAACUUAUAGGAAGGCUAUGGUGCAGGAACUCCACCUGGUCCCAAAUAUAAUUCAACAGUUAAUAAACUACAACAAGGUGAUUAAUGAAAUGCAGUCUCUUGUUUUCAAAUAUUUGUAUUUUGAAAAUGUUGUAUGUAUGUGCUGCUGUUUGAAAUAAAAUCUGCUUUUCUAAACUGAA